UGGCCGGGCCGGGCCGGGCGAUAUGUCGGCGCCGCCGGCCGUGCAGAUCCGCGAGGCCAACGCGCACCUGGCGGCGCUGCACGGGCGCGUGGCGGAGCUGGAGCGGCGGCUGGGCGCGGCCGAGCGCACGGUGCGCGGCCAGGCGCAGAGUCUCAUCCGCAAGGACGGCGAGCUGCGCGCGGCGCUGCGGGAGCUGGCGGCUGCCAAGGACAGAGAAAUUACUGCUCUGCAGCAGAAGCUGCUCUCAUCUGAGGAGACAAUUCAGAAGCUGUUGAAUGUCAUCCAGAAAAAAGAUGACUUAAUUGUACAGCUGAAGCACAGGAGUCAUCUUCUGACUAAAAUCUGCAGAAACCGACCCAUCCUGGACAGUCUUCUGUCUUACAUGGCAGAAGGGGAACAGUUAAGUACCUUUCCAGUGACCCAAAGUGAUUCCAGUUCUCCAGUUCAUGAUGAGUUCCAGGAGUCAAACUGCAUCACCAACCAGAUAUCAAAGAACAAAGACUUCUCUCUCAGUGAAGAUGACCUGGAAGAUCAGGAAUUGGAUACAAGCCAGGUUGGGACGACAGUGUGAACUGAGUGUGGAACAUGUCGUUUAUUACAAAUACUCCAGUUCUGAUUUUCAAACUUCCUUCUGUUUUUAAUCUUGUCCUGAAAGAACUGGGUUCAGAUGGGAGUCUGUCCCCCACCCCCGCAGUUCUUGCAAGUAUAGAAAAGGCUACCUCCUUCAUUGAGGACUCAGGAAAGUGGCUACUUGAGUGGAUACUAACCCUUGUUGA